CAAGGAAGAGACUUGGCUCAAAAAUAGAACGCUAAGCUUUUCAGCCCUAUUGCCUAUUUACCUAGUCAGCACGAUGCUCUGUCUCUGGGGGCUUAGUAGCCUCCCGAGGAAUCAGCGGGGAAACAAAAGCAGAAGUGGCAGCCGAUGAAAAUGUGGAAGUCGGUGCCAUUAGAGAAAGCGCUUGCUAAUAAUGGCCUGCGAGACCCAGGUUUUCUUCGUUUCCAUGACAGCUAUUAGCUACCAUAGAAAUUGAAUUGCUCGCUGCUCCUGGGGGAGUGGAAAGGGUGUUCGAGUGACAGAGCCUAUUACUCAGAACUUGUCGUGGUCGUCCUUUUGCAAAACUAACUGGAUUAUGAACAAUUCCUUUUUUUUCUCUACAGAUUUCUCUUUUUUUUUUUUUACGGAAAAUUCAGAUUUUUUUUUUGUUCUUUAGAAUUUGUGUUUUUAUUUUGCCUUUGCAUGUGUAAAAUUCAAGGAUAUGUGCUGUAAUACAGGUGGGCUAAAUAGUGGGAGUGAAAAUUUAAGGCGUCCAAUCAGGUAUUGGUUACCUGCACCUCCAACACUAUGCCAUUGCAACAGAUUUGUGUAGCCCCUGCUCGGGAGACUUCUAGCAAUGGGAGAAGUUCAAUAGGAAGAAGCAAAGACAAGACCAAAGAAGUUGAGAAUACCAAAUCCCUUGGGCGCUCAGCAAGUCGAUCAAGUAACAUAUCAAAGGCUAGCAGUCCAACAAAUGGUACUGUACCAAGAAGUCACUCGCAAACAUCAGUCUGCCCAUCAGCUCAGGAUAUAUGCAGAAAAAACUCCUUGCAUGAUGCAUCAGAAGAUGACAUUUCCAAUGCAACUUCAGUCAUGGCGAUGGCACCACCUAGUAGGUAUUCCAAUAUAAAGGAAGUCAAGAGGAAGUUUAGACGUAAAAAAAGAGCCACUUUUGCUACACGUGCACAAGCAGCAAAGCACACAAACAUACGACAAAGUGGAGAAACUCCAAAAGUAGGUUUAACUGAUACUGAUUCCUCUUCGGAUGAAAGGCGAUGGGCCACCCCAAGAUUCAAGACAUUUGAAAAGACUAAAGCAUCAAAGAAAGGGAGAAGGCAUGAUGCAACAUCUCACUACAAAUCAGCAGAUUCUAAUGGGACAGAAAUUGUCCACCAACAGUUAAAAGACCCAGAUGAACAAAUUCAGCAGGAGCAUUUCCCCAACGUGUCCAGCCAUGUAUCUCACCACAGAAGAAGAUUUCUUAAACACAAAGAAUCAAGCAUGUCAUCAGAAUCGUCUGUUGAAGUUCGUAGAUUCCUGAACAAAAGAGCCAGAAGAAAAAUAAAGCCUUGUUGCAGGCAUCCACAAAAAUGUCAGUGUUGCUGUAAAGAAGAAGAGAACGUCAUCAAUAAAAACAUAAGGGAGGAUGGUACUGGUGCCAAUACUUUGGCACCUGCCAUUGCUGUACCAUUUCAAAGUGAGGCUUCUACUGUAUACUGUGAUGAAUGGUGUGAUGAUUUAGAGGUUUGCAGAAUCUGUCAUUGUGAGGGAGAUGAAGAAAAUCCUCUUAUCACACCGUGUAGGUGUACUGGAACACUAAGGUUCGUACACCAAGCUUGUCUACACCAGUGGAUUAAAAGCUCAGACACAAGAUGUUGUGAACUCUGCAAGUAUGAUUUUGUAAUGGAAACCAAACUUAAGCCUUUGAGAAAGUGGGAAAAAUUGCAGAUGACAAAAAGUGAAAGAAGGAAGAUAGUAUGUUCUGUAACAUUUCACAUCAUUGCCAUUACAUGUGUUGUAUGGUCUUUGUAUGUGCUCAUAGAUCGAACAGCAGAAGAAAUCAGGCAAGGGAAUGACAAUGGUAUACUUGAAUGGCCAUUUUGGACCAAAUUGGUGGUGGUGGCCAUUGGAUUUACAGGAGGCUUGGUCUUUAUGUACGUUCAAUGCAAAGUUUAUAUACAGUUAUGGAGACGGUUGAAGGCUUACAAUCGGGUAAUCUUUGUCCAGAAUUGCCCGCACACUGCUAAAAAACCAGAAGAAAAAAAUUAUACAAAUCCAAACAAUGAACAAAAAAAUACUGUAGUGGCUCCCCCGUCACAGACAACAACCACACAAUCGUGUUCUGAGGCAGGUGUUCCUGGAGUUAUGCCUGUUUGAUGAAUACAGUACAGUCAUUGUUUAAAUAAUGUAUUUCAAGAGAUCUGAGCUUAAUGCAGCUUCAUUGAACAGAUAUAAUCAUAUACUCAAGUUUUUUUUUUUAUCCUCUCAAGAAAUAAGAGUAUUGGAAGAUAUAAAGUACCAAGGUAAUACAGUAAUCAUUGAUCUUGCAAAGUGUUAUUGUGAAAGCGCAAAAGAACAGAAUAGAGUGACUCAAUAGAUCAAGAGCAUAAUUACAUGGAUUUUAAACAGUAUAGUAGUCUGGAUUGAAUCCUAGAGACUAUCUAUAUGCAUUAGAUAACCUAUUCUUUCAUCGCCUCCUUUCAUUGUCAUUUUUCUCUCUAGCCCAAUAUGUCUUGGGCUCAAUUAAUAUAUUGGACUCAAUGGAAUGAACUAAAAUACUAUUGCAAAAAAGCACAUAUUCACUUAUGAGAGAUUCGGUUCCCAGGACACAGACAAGUAACAUGCCCUAAUUGCUCAAAUUUACACACAAGUG